AUUAUAGUCAUGCCCUUUCCCGUCCUCUACCCUUUCUCCUUCCCUCACUGAGAGAGAGGAAAAUAUCGUUAGGUUUCUGUCAGUCGCAUCCCAUCUCCGACACUCCUCCGCCCCUUCUCCACAUGCGCAGAAGAAGACAUUUCAUUUCAAUUUCAUUUCCAUCUCAUUUCGUUGUAUUUCAUUUCACUUAGAAAGAGAAUACCAGUGAGAAGAGGAUUUCCUUCUCCUAGAAGCUUCCUUAUCCUGCGCACUCCAUCCUCCUUAUCCUGCGCACCCCACUCUCAUUUUCUUUUGGCCUUUUCUUUUGAGGUGAGAAAAAUGGCGGAUUUACAACCACCGUCGGAAGCUCCGAUAAACGGUCCGCCUUCGGACAAUCUCGGCCCUUCUUUGGUGGGCUCGAAGCGGCAGCGGCGGCCCAGCGUACGAUUAGGCGACAUAGGCGAGCAAUCGGCUGCUGCAAUCACUUAUGAAGCGUAUGUUCGCAGAAGCAAGCAGUGGAAGGUUCCUCCUGGUGGCCCGCUGAAGGAAUCGGCGGCUGGGAAGGGGUUGUCGAAGACCCGGCCGCUGGUGAAUAUCGGGAACGGCGAUUCUCACGAGAUACAAGAGUCCGAGGACAAGAACCCAUCUGGGGAUUUGGAUUCAGUGGUGAUUGGGAGCUGGAAGAAGGAUCUGAAGGCGAAGAGAGGACCGGCAGCGGCUACCGGUGGCCCUACGAUGACGAAGAGGGUGAGGUCGAAUUGGGUCUCGAGGGUCGAGGAAGGAGCUGAGAAUGAUGAGAAAUCAAGUGGUUUCAAUGGCGAUGAGGAGGAGGAAGAAGAAGAAGAGGAUGGGGGGUUUAGAGAUUUCAUCCCAGAAGGGUCAGAAAGCCCGUCGAAGGAACGGAGCCCGAUCCAAUCGAUGGAGAAUACUGACGGUCGAGAUUGGAAGUGCGGGACAACGAGCGUUGAGAGGAAUGGAAUCAGUGAUAGGAGGUGCCGGUCACUUGAUGAUGAUGUCCACAUGUGGCUAAACGGAUUGGGGUUGGGUCGGUAUGCCCCAGUCUUUGAAUUGCAUGAGGUAGAUUAUGAAGUGCUGCCGCUGUUGACAUUGGAGGAUCUCAAGGAUAUGGGGAUAAAUGCUGUCGGCUCCCGCCGGAAAAUGUAUUGUGCGAUUCAAAGGCUGGGAAAGAGCUUUACGUGAGGGUUCCAGAUAGUGUAGGGUGAAUGUAAGUGGCAAAAUAGUGGAAAAUGCUCGGCCAUGGCAAAAAUUGGACGGUUGGUGCUCGUUGUUUUGAACUUGCAAGUUUUGGAAUCUAAUGGUUAUAUUUCUUUAUCUUGCGGCCGUGCUUUGUAUAUCUUGAUGUAACUCGUCUUUCCUUUUUUGAUAAUGUUAUUAAAGCGCUUUCCUUUUGAGAUAA